CCAGGGAGAGGGAGGGCAGCCCAGGCCCAGCCCUUUUGGGUCAGACCCUGGACUCUGCUCCCUGGACGCCCAGGCCCCUUGCACACCCCACCUCCAUGCCGCGCUCUCCUCUGCUCCCCCUUCAGAGCCCAGCUCGCCCGUGACUCUGUGCUGGACGCUCGGCUGUCCCCUCCCAGGCCCGCGUCUCGCCGCCACGACAGGGGGCGCGCCGUGGCACGUGGGGCCAGUCGAGGCUCGCCGGCCGGCAGGGGGCGUGAGAUCUCUGCCUCACGCUGGCGUCCACGGGGGCCGGAAGUCCCUCCCCGGAAGGAGUCAUGGGGACGACGGCGGAAGUGGGAGAAGUACCGCCCCUUGGGCUGUGCACCUUCUUGUCGCCGCGGGCUCGGGGACCCUGCUGUCAGCCUGGCUUCCUCACUUCGCCGCCGCCCGCUGUCCGCCACCCCGGUCGCCGCCGCGUCCUUAUCCGAAUGUUGGGCGGCCGGCAGUCGCGUCCGGCUGUUGCAGGCGGUGGACACGGAGCACACCGUGGACUCGGUGGAGUGGUGCCCGCUGGAGGGCUGCAGGCACUUGCUGGCGUGCGGUACCUACCAGCUGCGGAAGCCGGAGGACCAGCCCGCCGACCCGGAGAGCAAGAGUGGACUGGAUGUUGAUGCGCCUCAAAUUCGUUUGGGUCGUCUCUACCUGUAUAGUUUCAAUGAGGACAACUCUCCUUGCCCCCUGGUUGAGGUCCAAAGAAGAGAUACUUCGGCGAUCCUGGACAUGAAAUGGUGCCACAUCGCGGUGGCCGGCCAUGCGCUCUUGGGAGUGGCAGAUGCUUCUGGGUCCAUAGAGCUACUCCGCCUGGUGCGAUCCGAGCAGAACUCUCACACACUACAGCCGUUCUCCCACUUUGCCCUGGAAAAGCAGUGUCUGGCCUUGUCCUUGGACUGGUCCACUGGGAAAGCCGGAAGGGCCAGUGACCAGCCCUUGAAGAUCAUUGGCAGCGACUCCAGCGGGCAGCUCCAUCUCCUGCAGGCGCACCAGGCAGGGCCAGGAAUGCAGGCUGUGGGCACGUGGCAGGCCCAUCACUUGGAGGCCUGGGUUGCUGCUUUCGAUUACUGGCAGACGGAAGUCGUGUAUUCAGGUGGGGACGACGGCCUUCUGAAAGGCUGGGACACCAGGACCCCUGGCACAUCCGUGUUCACAAGCAGGAGGUACGUCACCGAGGGGCCAGUGCUCGGCGUGAGGGGCCAGCCCUCCCUGCCCGCAGGCGGAGCAGCGCUGCCGGGCUUCUGCUCAGGCUCACCCUUCGCUCUCAGACACUCCAUGGGCGUGUGCAGCAUCCAGAGCAGCCCCCAUUGCGAGAACAUCUUGGCCACGGGAAGCUACGACGAGCACGUUCUUCUCUGGGACACUCGGAGCAUGAAGGAGCCGUUGGCGGACAUGCCCGUGCAGGGCGGGGUGUGGAGGCUCAAGUGGCACCCUUUCCACUCCCACCUGCUCCUGGCAGCGUGUAUGCAUGGUGGCUUUACGAUCUUCAGCUGCCAAAAGGCCAUAGUGACCCUCGCCUUCCGGUACCCCAGCGUGCACACCAUGGAGCGGGAGGUCUCCUGGAAGCUUCCUUCGGUGGUGGUGCCAGGGUGCCUCUCUGCUCUCAGGGUAAGCUUGGUGUCCAGCUUCUCUGCUCUCAGGGUAAGCUUAGUGUCCAGCUCCUCUCUGGAGCCACCUCUGCUCAGGCAAAGCCCUGGGUUACGGAGGAGGAUCUCCAGGGCCCUGGUUGUAUCGUUGGUGUGUUUCCUGAUGCCAGCUGCAGGCUUUCCGCAUCACUGCUUAUUCUAGUCGUGAUUCAGAUUCCGAUCACAAUUCAGAGUGCAGUGGCACUGAUCCCUGCACUUGGGAGGUGGCAGUGGCAUCCAGGCUAAGUGAAGACUGAAUGGCCGGCCACUGGGCCUUCCGGCUGGUGACAGUUUUCUAAGCCCGCAUCCCCAGCUCACUGGCCACUAGUUUUCUGAGGCUGCUCUUGCCAGCCUCGGCCUUGCCCUGGACCCUUGACCAUCUCAGGUUUGGUGACACCUCAUCAUUUCUUUUUCUGGUUGCAUAUUACUUUCACACUUUCUCAGCCAUGUUCUGUCCAGAAUAAGGCCGGGCCUUUGCCCGUCCUGCCCUCUGUCUUCAGAGUUGCCAUAGCAACUCACCAUAAGGAAAGCUGCUCACGCUUCAACUCUUCAGUGAGUUACUCCCUUUCCAAGCUCAAGUCCAAACUCUCUAAUGCAGCACGCCGAGCUCUGCAUCACGGGACCCUUCUGACGUGUCGCCAGUUCCUGAUGACACGUCAGCCACGUCCACUCGUGUGGUUCCUCACACACGCCAGGGUCUUUCCACCUCUGUGCUUUACACGUACUGUUCCCUUUAUUUCUUCUCAUACACCCCUUUCGCUCCGUUUGGCUCACUCGUUUGUCCUUUGCUUUUAAGUCUUAACGAGAAGCUUCUGCUGAGUCCUAAGGGUUCAGGUUUGGGUUCGGGUUAGGGUUAGCUCUGUAGGGUUAUGGCACAGGUUAGGGUUAGGGUACAGGUUAGGUUAUGGGUUAGGGUUAGGGUAUGUGUUAGGGU